AUGGAGGGAGACGGCUGUAAUCCCAGUGUAACCAUAGAUUCGGGUAAUCCGUUACUAAAAGCAGUGUUUCUCCGUCGCCUGCGGCUCACACGGCUGCUCCUGGAAGGAGGGGCUUACAUUAAUGAGAGUGACAGCCAAGGCCAAACUCCACUGAUGGUGGCCUGCAGGACUCAACAUAUUGAUGCCCAGAGUGCCAGCCGAGUCAAACUGAUCCAGUUUCUUCUAGAGAAGGGAGCAGACCCUAACAUCCAGGACAAGGAAGGUCGAUCUGCACUGAUGCAUGCCUGCCGAGAGCAGGUCGGCCCUGAGGUGGUUUCUCUGCUUUUGGCCAGUGGGGCGGACAUCAGCCUGGAGGACCAGUCUGGGACAUCAGCACUAGUCUAUGCAGUCAUGGCUGGAGACCUAAAGGUGCUGAACUUGUUGCUUGAUGCAUGCAAGGAUAAGGGAAAGGAGGUGAUCAUCAUAACAACUGACAAAUUCCCAUGUGGAAAACUGCAAGCCAAGCAGUAUCUCAGCAUGCCUCCCCUUCGUCCCCUUGACCAGGCAGACAAAAUGACAGUGACAGCUCCUGCAUCUCCUUCUGAAAUCCAGCUCAUCACAUCUCCCCAGUGCACCUCCUCUUCCUUGUGCCCCCCAAAACCAGUCUUUUCUUUUAAAGAAGCGCAGAUCUGUGGUGUAAGCUCCCAUCCAUGCUCCCCAUCACGAUUUCGCGGGCUUGGCCAAGCGCCUCUGAAUGGACUGCAGCAGCCUCUGCUGAGGCUGAAUUCUGAACCCUGGCUGAAGAUCCCAGCAUCUCUGCUCACCCAGCAGCCUCAUGGAGCUUUGUCCUCAGAAAAAGCUCAAGAUUUGAGCCAGACUGAUAACUUUUCUUUCAGAGUUCCCAGACUGGAUGGGGACAAUAACGCAAACUCCGGGAGAUUCAAACAAUUUGAAGCAAGCAAUAAAGAAGCAGGAGAUGGAAAAAAUGUUGGUGCCAAGCAUGCAGGACAAAAGAUAUCCCUCCCAGGUCUCUUUUCAUCUCACUCUGCUUCCCAUCCUAAUCUGCAUUCUGAAAACCUUGGUACAGAUUUAGCCCCUUCCUCCCUUUCCAGUGGUAAAAACCUUGGUACACACCUUCACCCUUGCGUGGCCUCAUCAAGCCUUCAUAAUGUCAUCCAAAGACGCAAGCUAGGUGCAGACAUAUACAGCUCUGACCCACAAAUAGCUGUAAACAUUCAAAAUCUCUCUGAAGAGCAAAGUGCCAGAGACCUGACGGAUGGCAAGAGGCUGGUGCCUGUACGCUGCUCUAGCACACUGGGCUCCAGAGAGUCAGUGUCAGGCACGACCAAGAGAGUCCUUUUUGGAUAUGAGCGCAGAGGGUCUGGUGCCUUCUUGUUGGAUCAGCACUCACAGGCCAGGCCUAGAUCUCUGCCACCUCUUACCAACACCCCCAUCCUCAAUGUUUAUAAUCUCAGCUCCAAUAGUGAGAAUAAACAGUCUGGCCAAAAACAUUUUUUUCCCUCUGCUCCUCCUGGGCCUCCCAAAGAGCUUACUAGGAGGAUGCUUCUAAGGAGACACUCAAUGCAGACCGAACAGUUCAAAGCCACAGCCUGA